CAAAAUUUUGAUUUUCCAAUUUCCCUAUUAUUUUUUUAUGGACAACAAACAAAAACCCCUCGCAUACCAAUUUAGGGUUUUGGACAUUCCUAUUCAGGAAGAGAAACCAGCAACCGGCGAUGAUUCACACCGCAGUUAAGCUGUCACGAGCUGGGGCUACCGUUGCUCGAACCGCCAAGCUCGGGACCUCCCUCCUUCAACGAUCACCACCGUCCAGACUAGUUCACGAUGGGAUCAACAGCUCAAACGCCAACCCUGUUGCUCUUCAGAUGAUCAACUACGCUCUCUCUCAUGCCAGGUCCCAGAAAUCAGAUGAAUCGUAUGCACAAGGUCUGCUUGUAUUGGAACAGUGCCUUUCGACUCAGCCAAGUGAAGGGCAGGACCCUGCUGGUGAUGAUUCAAGGGGGAUGGUUUUAUUGGCCAUGUCCACUUUAUCAUCUGAAAGAGGAAAUUUUGAUGAAGCAAUGGAUAAACUGCAAAAAGUUCAAGACUUGACCAGCUCUUCAAUUGGUGUCAGGGUUGCUGCCUUGGAGGCUCUUGUUGGACUUCACUUAGAGUUGGAGCAGGAUGAUACCUCAUCAGUGCUCGCAGAUAAAUGCUUAGAACUGUUGGUGAAGAACGAGCCUGGAUCUAAUGGUGGAGAUUCUGAGGUUAUACAUGCUCGUGCUAGAGCAGUAAAAGGGCUUGUUGAGCUUGUCCAUGGCAAUACCGUGUCAGCUGAGUCUUUCUUUCGAGGACUUAAGGACAACCUGGAAAACACCGGUAGUACUGCUUUAUCCUAUGGAGAAUUCCUACAUGCGUCACAGAAAUUUUCGUUGGCAAAGGAUGUCUACCAGAAUGUUAUUCAAGGGGGGUCCAAGAAUAAAGAGUUCAGUAACUCAAAUGCAUUGGCAGCCUGUAAUAUGUCACCAGAGGAAGUUUCCCUUGCUGCCACAUGUGCUUUGGGACAGCUUGAGGCUCACUUGGGGAACUUUGCUGAUGCCGAGGAGAUAUUGACUAGGGCUUUAACCAUAACAGAGGAACAUUUUGGCUCUCACCAUCCGAAGGUUGGUGUUGUUUUAACCUGCAUAGCUCUCAUGUUUCGGCGUAAAGCAAUGCUAGAGCAUUCUAGUGCUCUUUUGAUUCAAGAGGGCCUUUAUAGAAGGGCGAUAGAGUUGCUGAAAGCUCCACCAUUUGAGACCGAAGGUACUGAAGCAAAGGUAGAUAGAAGUGAUAUAGUGGCCCUUGCAAGAGGCGGGUAUGCAGAAGUACUUUGUGUCCAACAGAACCGAAAGGAUCAAGGAGAAAAAGUGAAGAGUUGGGCAGAGGCUAUAUGGAGAAACCGCCGGCUGUCGUUGGCCCAAGCACUGGACGUUUCUAAUACCAAUUCAGAAGUUCCAAUUAUAGAUGCUCGAAUCUGCAGGGUCCUGUAAUGUCUUCAUUCCCAGUAUCUGCAGUGGCAGUCAGAGGUUCUUUUCUUUGGUGAUAUAUCACAAGGAAUGUGUAGAUUUGCUCCAAUCCCUCAUAUGCCCUUUGCACUCUAUAAUGAUAUACAACUAGAUGAGAAGAUACACCAAACACAUUCAUGCAGUAUCUUUACGCCAUGUGACAUCAUGACAUGUAUGCGUACCUAUAUCCAGAUAAUGUAAAGGAAUCUAUGGUGGCAGCUACAUAUAAGUUUGAUGUACAAUCCCUCGGAAAGAAAUUUUGUUAUCGGAGUGGUUAGCGGUCAUCCGAGACUUCGUGGGACUAGGGUCUGAAUUGUUGAACUAAAUUUUGAUUAUUAAUAGAUCAACCCUGGUGAUUUUGUUGCGUA